UUUUAUUUUAGUUUUCACAAUUGCAUUAAUUGUUGCGUGCUGUUGCGUGUACUUGCGCUGCUAAUUGAUUGUUUAUUUUAAUAAUUCUAAGCAGCGUCGGGGGGACACUGAGUGCUGUGUUAGCUGAUUAGAUAGAUACAAUAAAGGUUUGCUACAACAAUACACACAAAAUAUGACAGUCAUCAACACAAUCCGAAAUUCAGCGAGGCUAACGCUACGUAAUAUCUGGCUGCGAAACAACAACAACAACAUCAUCAGCAGCAGAGGCAGCAACGCAACAACAAAUUUCACGCGCACUUUCUCGCUGGGCCUCGCACUACGCCAACAGCAAGAUGUCGUGAACGUUACGUUUGUGCGCGCAAGCGGCGAGAAAAUCAAAACUUCCGGCAAAGUGGGCGAUUCGCUGCUGGACGUUGUGGUCAACAACAAUGUGGAUCUGGACGGCUUUGGCGCCUGUGAGGGCACCUUGACCUGCUCCACGUGCCAUCUGAUCUUCAAGACCAGCGACUACGAGAAGCUGCCCGACAAGCCCGGCGACGAGGAGCUCGACAUGCUGGAUCUUGCCUACGAUCUGACUGACACAUCUCGUCUGGGCUGCCAGAUCAAUCUGACCAAGGAUAUGGAUGGUCUGGAGGUGCAUGUUCCGGCGACAAUUAACGAUGCACGCGCUGCGUAGAGCUAUAACUCUCAUAUGCCUCAAUCAAAUCCCAAAAAAAACUAAAACUGUUACAAAUUUUGUUAUAUACUAUAUCGUGUGCUGAGUGCUAACUCUGUUUAGUAUAAUUAAUUGAAACUAAAUCUUAUGUAUUGCAUGUCCAUUUCAUUGGACACUAACAAGCUCAGGCUGCUACUUCUAUAUUGUAGAUUCUUGCAUAAAUGAAUUUUAUUUGUGUUCCAAUUGUUAAAUGCUAAUUGGAGAAACUGCGCACAACAAACGAAAUGAGAUCGAUGUAAAUAUGUGUUCGUACAUAAAUAAAUAACAUACACUUUUUAUAUUCAUAGAA